CGGUUUUAAAAAAGGAUGUCUGGUAAUCGUGGGGUUUUUUUUUCUCUUCCUCCAGCAACGAAGGUUUUGGGAACAGUAAAAUGGUUCAAUGUAAGAAACGGAUAUGGUUUCAUCAACAGGAAUGACACCAAGGAAGAUGUAUUUGUACACCAGACUGCCAUAAAGAAGAAUAACCCCAGGAAGUACCUUCGCAGUGUAGGAGAUGGAGAGACUGUGGAGUUUGAUGUUGUUGAAGGAGAAAAGGGUGCGGAGGCAGCAAAUGUUACAGGCCCUGGUGGAGUUCCAGUGCAAGGCAGUAAAUAUGCAGCAGACCGUAACCAUUAUAGACGCUAUCCACGUCGCAGGGGUCCUCCACGCAAUUACCAGCAGAAUUACCAGAAUAGUGAGAGUGGGGAAAAGAACGAGGGAUCCGAGAGUGCUCCCGAAGGCCAGGCCCAACAGCGCCGGCCCUACCGCAGGCGACGGUUCCCACCUUACUACAUGCGGAGACCCUAUGGGCGUCGACCACAGUAUUCCAACCCUCCUGUGCAGGGAGAAGUGAUGGAGGGUGCUGACAACCAGGGUGCAGGAGAACAAGGUAGACCAGUGAGACAGAAUAUGUAUCGAGGCUAUAGACCACGAUUCCGCAGGGGCCCUCCUCGCCAAAGACAGCCUAGAGAGGACGGCAAUGAAGAAGAUAAGGAAAAUCAAGGAGAUGAGACCCAAGGUCAGCAGCCACCUCAACGUCGGUACCGCCGUAACUUCAAUUACCGACGCAGACGCCCAGAGAACCCUAAACCACAAGAUGGCAAAGAGACAAAAGCAGCCGAUCCACCAGCUGAGAAUUCGUCCGCUCCCGAGGCUGAGCAGGGCGGGGCUGAGUAAAUGCCGGCUUACCAUCUCUACCAUCAUCCGGUUUAGUCAUCCAGCAAGAAGAAAUGAAUACGAAAUUCCAGCAAUAAGAAAUGAACAAAAGAUUGGAGCUAAAGACCUUAAGUGCUUGCUUUUUGCCCAUUGACCAGAUAACUAGAACUAUCUGCAUUAUCUAUGCAGCAUGGGGUUUUUAUUAUUUUUACCUAAAGAUGUCUCUUUUUGGUAAUGACAAACGUGUUUUUUAAUAAAAAAAAUUUUAAAAAGCCUGUUUUUUCUCAAUACACCUUUAAAGGUUUUUAAAUUGUUUCAUAUUUGGUCAAGCUGAGAUUUUUAAGAACUUCAUUUUUAAUUUGUAAUAAAAGUUUACAACUUGAUUUUUUCAAAAAAGUCAACAAACUGCAAGCACCUGUUAAUAAAGGUCUUAAAUAAU